CGUUACUGCCGAAUGAGAACGUUUCGCGCCAUUUCUUGAAAAUCGAAUCCGUCGCGAGUGUUGACAUUUGACAAAAAGUUUUUUUUUUUAUUUGUUAAACCAAAAUAGCCAUGGAACACCACCACCAUGACCAUGCAAUGGAGGCAGUAUCACACAACCACGAGGAGCAGGCGAUGGCGCCGACCAGCUGCCACGGGGACCACGGACAUGCUAUGGUGUUCCAUGCGGGUGUAGUCCAGGAGAUCCUCUUCAAAGGCUGGGAGACCUCCAACGCGUUGGAACUCUUUGGUUCCUGUGUCGCCAUCUUCGUGGCCAGCGUGAUGUAUGAAGGCUUCAAGUAUUACAGGGAAACGCUGUUUGAAAAGGCGGCACUCGCGGCGACUGCUGACUCGCAAGUUAAUAUUGCUAAGAAUGAAAAUGGAACGAAUAGGUCCUGUCAUGCAAGGCGGACUACAUACACAAUGUUCUCAAGCGGCCACAUAUACCAAACAUGUCUCUACUUCGUACAAGCCUGGGUGUCCUACAUACUCAUGCUGGUCUUCAUGACGUACAACGUGUGGCUCUGCUUGGCUCUGGUCCUCGGCCUGGCGCUCGGGUACUUCCUCUUUGGCUGGAGGAAAACAACGGCCAUAGACAACAGCGAGUGUUGCAUGUAACCACAGACUAACAAGAAUAUUGUAGAGAGACUAGAGACAUGAUAUUAUUCAUGACAAUGUAUAUAAUAAACAUUCUAGAAUGAUUGACUAUGUUUGAGCGAUGCUUGUAAUUAUUAAAUUAUAUAUCUUCAAAGUACCUACCUAUGUAAAUUCUACAAAUUUGCUGAAUCUUUUUAUAUACUUCUUGGUUAAGAUUAUAAAUUAGAUUUUGGGUAAUUGGCGGGAAAAUUUAAAAAUAUUAUUGAUGAAGCACAAAUUAUUGAUAUGUUAUAAUUAUGAACGUAUAAGUUAAUUAAUGUCAUGUUUGUGUUGAAUGCAAUUUGC